GUCGCCGCCAUUUUUCUUGUUGUGGUGUGCUGGGCUGUGAGGAGUAGCUUUACACUUCUGGAAAAAUCUCUUUUAUUUUAGAAUUUAACUUAUCUUUUUGUUAUUGGUGCAUUAAAAGUUGUCACAAGGGAACGUCGGACACAAAGAAAGCAACAUGGCGCAGUACAAAGGAGCCGCCAGUGAGGCUGGCAGAGCCAUGCAGCUGAUGAAGAAACGAGAAAAAGAAAGAGAACACCUCGAGCAGCUGAAGCAGAAGAUAGCAGAGGACAACAUGGUCAAGUCCAACAUUGAUAAGAAAUUCUCAGCUCACUAUGAUGCUGUAGAGGCAGAGCUCAAGUCCAGCACUGUUGGUCUGGUGACACUGAAUGAUAUGAAGGCCAAGCAGGAGGCGCUGGUGAAGGAGAGAGAGAAACAGCUGGCCAAGAAGGAGCAGUCCAAGGAGCUCCAGCUCAAGCUCGAGAAGCAGAAAGAGAAGAAGAGAAAAGAGGAACAAAAGAGGAAAAUAGCCAGUUUAUCGUUUAACCCUGAAGAUGAAGGAGAAGAGGAGGAAGAAAAUGAAGAGGAGGAGGAUUACCUUUCAGUCAAGAAGAAGAAACUGGGAAAAAAUCCAGACGUGGACACAAGUUUCCUUCCUGACAGAGACAGAGAGGAGGAGGAGAACCGUCUCAGAGAGGAGCUCCGGCAGGAAUGGGAGCUCAAACAGGAGAAGAUUAAGAGUGAGGAGAUUGAGAUCACAUUCAGUUACUGGGACGGCUCUGGACAUCGUAAAACUGUCAAGAUGAAGAAGGGAAAUACCAUCCAGAAUUUCCUGCAGAGGGCCCUUGAGGUCCUCAGAAAGGACUUCAGUGAGCUCAGGUCUGCUGGGGUCGAGCAGCUGAUGUACAUCAAAGAGGAUCUGAUAAUUCCACAUCACCACAGUUUCUAUGACUUCAUUGUGACCAAAGCCAGAGGCAAAUCUGGUCCUCUUUUCAGCUUUGACGUCCACGAUGAUAUUCGACUGGUGAACGACGCCACUGUUGAGAAAGAUGAGUCUCAUGCAGGUAAAGUGGUGCUGAGGAGCUGGUACGAGAAGAACAAACACAUCUUCCCUGCUAGUCGCUGGGAGCCAUACGAUCCUGAGAAGAAAUGGGACAAAUAUACGAUCCGGUGAAACAGAAAUCUCCUCCAGCCUCGAUGGAAUCCUCCAUGCAAACUUUUGUUGUUUUGUUGUAAAUUUCCCCAUCUUAUUUUACUCUAUUAUAACAUACACUACUGGUCAAAAGUUUUAGAACACCCCAAUUUUUCCAGUUUUUUAUUGAAAUUCAAGCAGUUCAAGUCAAAUGAACAGCUUGAAAGGGUACAAAGGUAAGUGGUGAACUGCCAGAGGUAAAUAAAAAAAGGUAAGCUUAACCAAAACUGAAAAAUAAUGUACAUUUCAGAAUUAUACAAGUAGGCCUUUU